AUGUUCAUUAUUGGUAUUGCUGUUGGUAUUGGUAUAUUCUUCCUUGUACUCUAUUGUAUGGGUAUUAUUGGUGGAUCGAGUAAUAACAGUACUUCUAAUACUAUCGAUCUUGGUGAACUACAAUACCCGACUGUUGUAUCUGGUUAUACUAACCUCAGCAUUACUAUUAGUCCUAUUGCAGCAGCAUCAGCUUAUGAUCCAAAGGAUUACCUUAUCGAAACUCAAGUUGCCACUGGUGGUAGUGGAGGUGGAAGACGUCUACGUUCUGAUGGUCCAUGGACUGUAUCAUUGGAGGUUCCCUAUGAUAAGGACCAUGCCACUACUGCUACUCUUACUGGAUUAACUGCUGGUGAACAGCUCCUUAUCCGUUAUAAGAUCGAGAUGGAAGAUGGUCGUGUUAGUAGCCCAUCAGUUGCCGUAAUGGAAGGCACUAAGAACCCUACCGCCCCGAGUGCUCCUGGUUUAAUGGCAUUCGAUACAUCUACUAGUAGUGUAUCAGUUAGUAUUGUACCUCCCACUGCCACUAAUGGUGCUGAUAUAACUGGUUAUGUUAUACAGCAUGCUUUGGUGAAUAAUGUUAAUGAUACCACUCCUGAUAGUAGCUGGACUAAGGCUGAGAUAUCACAGGAUGAUGCUUCUAAGCCCUAUACUGUUGAUGGUCUUUCAUCGGGUCAAGUUGUGAUACUUCGUGCAUCUUCUGAGAACUCUGCCGGUGAUAGUGUAUACAGCAAGCCGUACUCAAUGAUCGCAGAUAAGCCCAAUGCAUCAGUGCCUGAUAAGGUAUCAGAUCUUGCUGUGCAGUCGACUACGUCUAAUUCGGCAUCAUUGAACUGGACAGCCCCUGCUGACAACGGUGCUAUGAUAUUGAGGUAUAUCAUCAGUGAGGGUGAUAAUACCUAUACAGUUGAUGGUCAUGAUACAUCAUACACUGUAACGGGGCUUAGUCGUGGUAGCGAUUAUACAUUCUAUAUUGUGGCUAAGAACUCUCAAGAGUACAAGCUAA